GCUGCCUACUCUAUAUGUGGCGCUGGAAUCCUGUCCAAAUGUUUUCCAUAUUAGUUCAGAGUUUCCAAAUAGCAGCCCGCGCAGGGCUAUGGCGAGAGGAGGCCUUGGCAGGGAGGGUAAGGGAAGGAGAGACAGACAGACAGACAGACAGCAGGGCAGGCUCAUCCUACCCAAACACUGCAACAGUAAAAGUCGGGAGUACAGAGAAGAAAAAAAGAGUGUGAAGAAAAGUGGAGAAAUGGGGCAGGGGCAGAAAGGUUCCUCAGACAAGAAGGAGGGCAAGAAGAAGAAGAAGAGGGAUGAAAGCUCAGCGCCAGAGGACGGACAGAAAUGCAGAGCCUGUCGCUUCCCUCUGCUCGUCGCCCUGCUCCAGCUGCUGUUGGGGGUGGCCGUCGCAGUCGUGGCCUUCCUUAUGUUGGCCAUGAGCCCCUCACUCCUGGCCAGGGAGACGCCACACUGGGCUGGAAUCAUUCUCUGCUUAGUUUCCAUCUUGGGCUUUAUCCUGUACUGUAUCACCUACAUCCCUGAUGAGAGAACGUCUACUCAAUUCAUUGGCAAGAUCCUGUACUUUGUCCUGUGUACAAUCGGCCUGGUUAUAUCAGUGCUGGCCCUGUCCUUUGCUGGACACCACUACUCACAGACCAGUGGCUUCAGCUGUGAGCCUGUGGGAGAGGACUGUGUGUGCAAACUGGAUCCAAACGACCCAAUAGCCCGCACCUUCACCUACGAGGGGGUCAGCGACUGUGAGGGGAUCACCGGGACGCUCCCGCUCUACUUCCUGCUCCAGAUCGUGCUGAACCUGGCCCAAGCAAUCGUGUGUGCCAUCGGUGCCUUUAUCAUGUGGAAGCACCGCUACCAGGUCUUUUUCGCCGGCCUUCAGGUUGGCUCUCCCUCUUCCCAGCAGUGGCAGAAGGUUUAACACUAUGAUAAAAGUAUCGAUGGGAUGACUCUGAUUACUAAGAUCAGGUUGGAGGGUAAUGCCAACAGUGCGAUUGCCCUCUGUGGGACGAGGACAGUUGCCUUUGUGGUGUGUGCCAAAGUGUCUUUUCUUUGAUGUCAGUUUAUAUUAACCUUUGUAGUAGUUGAUCUAUAAUGGCUUUUUGCACACAUUUUGUAUACCAUAUAUAUCUUCCAUUUUUAGAUGUUGUAAAAGAUCAUUUAAACAGAUGAAUAAGAGCAAAACAAAUGUUUUUUGAAAAAUAAUAUUGUAUCGCACAAGAAUUCAUUUUUUACAAUGUUUCUAGUAUCUUGACAUUUGCUCUCAUGACAUACAGCUCAUAUACAAUCACAAGAACAACGCUGAAACCAAAAUAGCUGACUUGUUAUGGAGUUAACUACCAAAAUAUACACAGUCUCUCCUUUGGUUUGGGUUACUGGGAUUUAUGAUCAUGAUUAGUUACAUCAGUGAUACUUCAGGUGGCAUACUGAAUCACCAUGUUGUUAAAUUAUUGUUUGACACUGCCUCAAGCUCUGUUUUCAUUUUCCCACAAUACAAAUGCAGUAGCAAAUAUCACUUGACAAUUUAAACAUUACAUUGAAGUUUAUGACUCCGUAAUCUUAUUUUCAGUGUUUGACACACAAAAAGCUACUCAGUAGAUUCAUUUGUUUUCCCUUUUGCUGUUAUAUAAAGUUAUGCAGCUCUGUAAAUAUUGCAUAAAAUCCUUGAUGAAAAACAUCAGUUAAGUAUUUUUCAGUUGAUAAAAGUAAACCCCUGCAAUACUCCAAACAGUCCAAUGAUAUGCACUAAAAACAGCUCCUCACAGCAGUAACACAAGCUGGGCGGGUUACACUUCAUGAGACUGGAUCCAAUCUGAACUGGGCUGUGGCUUGUGAAGGUGGAUGUCAGGCCAGUAGCCAGCAUGACUCAAGCAGCCUGUUAGGAGUCACAAAGGGAGGGGGAAAGGGGUCGGGGUGAGGAAAGGGGGACUCAGACAGGCAGCUGGAUGGAGGUAACUAAAUCAUCUCACUGUGUUUACAAUGUUUCAGUUGUUUUCAUUCAGAUAGGACAGGGCAAAAAAGGUGAAAUUAGUAUUUUGCCCUAUGCACAGGUUCAGCUUUAUUCUAUUCUUACUCUCAUCUCAGGCACCGACAGCAGUCUAUAAGCCUACAUGCUGAGCAGGGAAUGGUAAACGUGAUGCAGUAUCCGUAUCCGCAGCAAAUUAGAUGAACCAUGUGCCCAGAAGGGAGACUGUAAUUAGUGUGCAACCUUACAUCUUAUUUUUGAAUGAUGAAAAAAGGUUGAUUGACCAGGGAUGAUGUAAAAAACAUUGUUUCUUUUUUUACAGAAUGUGGUGUUUUGGAAAGGAACAUUUCAUUUGGAUGAUAAAAAUGUGCCUGUCUUGCAAGUCAUACUGUUUGUGGUUAAAAAUACAAAUCUUUGUUUCAGUUUUACGCAGUUCUUUUUAUUGUUGUGUCACCACACGUAUGCAGUUAAUAUAUAUAAACCACUUCUGACAAAAUGGUAAAAACGUAUGACCAAUCUGGGGCAUCACCAAGAGACAACAGCUUCUCUGUCUGAGCCUGGCUGUAACUUAAUGUGAUCACAUCAUACAAGUUAACUGUGACUGCUCAAAGUGAUUAACUGACUGUCAUGAAAGCUUUUUUUUUUACUUGAGAAACAUAAAAAAAAGAAUCCAUUGAGAAUGGAGCUCAGUUGUAUAACAAUCAGCAGAGAAACACCAGGAUAUU